GCUGGGCAAUGUCGGCAUUCUCACAAUCCUCAAUUUUCGAAUUAACAAUGCUUUUGCAUCCGAUAUGCCUUCUUCUUCGAUGCUUUCACCACUUUGAAGUUUGUCUAUAAAAAGGAACAGAUCCAGCCUUUGUACACCACUCCUACAAAAGGCCUGGUCUUCCAACGCGAAGUAUCGGUACCUCGGACCCCAAUCACAGAUCACCGAAAUGACACUUUAUGAAAGACCCCCUAAUUACUGGCAUAUCCAAGCUCUUUUCGAGCGAAUCGAUGCCGACAUUACCGGGGGGAAUCCCAUCUUGACCGAGGACGAAAUUCGCGACUACAUAGGCUCAAGAGUAAGGGGCGUCGGGGAGCGUUUGCUGGACAUGGACGGAGAAGACGUGGAGUUCUACCGUGGUCGCAUCAAUGCCGACAACAUCAACAACAGGUCAAUCAUUGAGGCCAUUCUCAUCCAAUCAAGAGGGGUUCGACCGGCGCAGACUUGCUCAUGUUGUAGGAGGAAUCGCUCUAGGCGCACGUUUCCCAUGUGCCUCCAUGUGCCUGACCCGCUGACAUUCCAAGGGAUCUGCGGCAAUUGCAAGGCGACAGGCCGACCAUCGCGAGCAUGCAAUGCCAUGAUAGUCACGUUGGAAGCAAGGGAGAGGGAACGGCAUCAAGUCAGGAUGGGACGAAUACUGCAAAUCCUCGAUCAACUCCUAAACGGCGUUUAGGAAGAGCCUUUGUGGCUUUUCGAUGAGGCUCCUUUAGCCCCUGUUGUAGGGACAGGUGGUUUUCUUGGAAAACAGAUAUAUUU